CUGCAACCCAACGGGAGCUGAGCCAGGGGGCUCUGGUCUUCCUGUGAUUUGGAGCCCGGUGUCCUGCUAAGAACACACAGUGAUGAAAGUGGAAGAGGAGAAGUCUGGGGUCAAAAGGCUGGACCCCACGAGCUACAGGAGGAGACAGCCAGAACAAGAUUUCCCUUCAAUCCAUAUUGGGUUUCCAGUCCCCAGUUACUCUCAAAGAAAAAGUGACUCAAAGGGACAUCUUUCAGGCCUGCAAAAAGUCCAGUGGUCCCUGCAACCAGACAAACCUCAACAGGAGCUGGCUGGCCCAGGGAUCAGGGCCAGCAGCCAGGGAGGUGCUGUGGAUUUUACCAAAAGAAUUCGGUCUCCAGCUGCUGAGCAGCUGCAGGACAUCCUGGGGGAGGAAGAUGAGGCUCCCAACCCCACCCUCUUCACAGAGAUGGACACUCUGCAGCAUGAUGGGGACCAGAUGGAGUGGAAGGAGUCGGCCAGGUGGAUAAAAUUUGAAGAAAAGGUAGAGGAAGGAGGAGAACGCUGGAGCAAGCCCCAUGUGUCCACGCUGUCCCUGCACAGCCUCUUUGAGCUCCGCACCUGCCUGCAGACAGGGACGGUGCUGCUGGAUCUGGACAGUGGCUCCUUACCGAAGAUCAUAGAUGAUGUCAUUGAGAAGCAGAUAGAAGAUGGACUUCUGCGACCAGAGCUCCGGGAAAGGGUCAGCUAUGUGUUACUGAGGAAGCAUCGUCACCAAACCAAGAAGCCCAUCCACCGUUCCCUUGCAGACAUCGGGAAGUCGGUUUCCACUACGAAUCGCAGCUCUGCCCGGAGCCCAUCAGCAGGCCCAACUCUGCACCGCUCCACCGAGGACCUGAGGAUUCGGCAAAGCACCAGCUAUGGUCAUCUGUGUCAUGCUCAGAGCAGAAGCAUGAAUGACAUCUCUCAUACCCCAAACACAGACCAGCGGAAAAACAAAUUCAUGAAGAAGAUCCCCAAGGACUCCGAAGCCUCUAACGUGCUUGUGGGCGAGGUGGACUUCCUGGACCAGCCGUUCAUUGCAUUUGUUCGUCUUGUGCAGUCUGCCAUGCUGGGAGGGGUGACAGAGGUGCCUGUCCCCACCAGAUUUCUGUUCAUACUUCUAGGACCUUCUGGGAGAGCAAAGUCCUAUAAUGAAAUUGGCCGCGCCAUUGCAACCCUCAUGGUGGAUGAUCUAUUCAGCGAUGUGGCUUAUAAAGCUCGGAACCGGGAAGAUCUGAUCGCAGGGAUUGAUGAAUUUCUAGAUGAGGUCAUUGUCCUUCCCCCUGGAGAAUGGGAUCCAAACAUCAGAAUUGAGCCGCCCAAGAAAGUUCCCUCAGCUGACAAGAGGAAAUCUGUGUUCUCUCUGGCAGAGCUGGGCCAGAUGAAUGGCUCUGUGGGCGGAGGCGGAGCUUCGGCUGGAGGAGGCGGCGGUGGCGGAGGGGCUGGAGGCGGUGGGGCCGGCAGUGGCGACGAAACUGAGAUGCCAGCCGUGCACGAAAUCGGGGAGGAGCUGAUCUGGACCGGAAGGUUCUUUGGAGGACUGUGUCUGGAUAUCAAGAGGAAGCUGCCUUGGUUCCCAAGUGACUUCUAUGAUGGAUUCCACAUCCAGUCCAUCUCUGCCGUCCUGUUCAUCUACCUCGGUUGUAUCACCAACGCGAUCACCUUCGGUGGGCUUCUGGGGGAUGCCACAGACAAUUAUCAGGGAAUAAUGGAGAGUUUCCUGGGCACUGCCAUGGCUGGCAGCUUGUUCUGCCUCUUCUCGGGGCAGCCUCUCAUCAUCCUCAGCAGCACAGGACCCAUCCUCAUCUUUGAGAAGCUCCUCUUUGACUUCAGCAAGGCCAACGGCCUGGACUACAUGGAGUUCCGCCUCUGGAUUGGUCUUCACUCAGCCAUCCAGUGCCUUAUCCUGGUGGCCACAGACGCCAGCUUUAUCAUCAAGUAUAUCACACGCUUCACUGAGGAAGGCUUCUCCACCCUCAUCAGCUUCAUCUUCAUUUAUGACGCCAUCAAAAAGAUGAUUGGUGCCUUCAAAUACUAUCCGAUUAACAUGAACUUCAAGCCGGAUUCCAUCACCACCUACAAAUGCGAGUGCGUCGCUCCUGACACAGUGAAUACAACCACGGUCAAUGCCUCAGUCCUGCUGGCACCAAACACCAACACAUCUCUGUACACCCCCCUUAACCUCACAGCGCUGGACUGGUCCCUGCUGAGCAAGAAGGAGUGUCUGAGCUACGGCGGGCGCCUGCUUGGGAGCUCCUGCCAGUUCGUCCCAGACCUGGCUCUCAUGUCCUUCAUCCUAUUCUUUGGGACUUACUCCAUGACCUUGACUCUGAAGAAAUUCAAAUUCAGCCGCUAUUUUCCCACCAAGGUCCGGACUCUGGUGGCUGAUUUUUCCAUUGUCUUCUCCAUCCUGCUGUUCUGUGGAAUCGAUGCCUGUUUUGGCCUGCAGACCCCCAAGCUGAACGUGCCUAAUGUCAUCAAGCCCACAAGGCCUGACCGAGGCUGGUUCAUUGCCCCUUUUGGAAAGAACCCUUGGUGGGUGUACCCUGCCAGUAUCCUGCCCGCCCUGCUGGUGACCAUCCUGAUCUUCAUGGACCAGCAGAUCACUGCUGUCAUUGUCAACCGGAAGGAGAACAAGCUGAGGAAGGCCGCCGGCUACCAUCUGGACCUCUUCUGGGUGGGCAUCCUUAUGGCCCUGUGCUCCUUCAUGGGGCUCCCCUGGUAUGUGGCUGCCACGGUCAUCUCCAUCGCUCACAUCGACAGCCUCAAGAUGGAGACGGAGACCAGUGCCCCAGGGGAACAGCCCCAGUUCCUGGGGGUCAGGGAGCAAAGAAUUACUGGAGUCAUGGUCUUCAUCCUGACAGGCAUCUCCGUCUUCCUGGCUCCUAUCCUGAAGUACAUCCCUCUGCCAGUGCUCUAUGGAGUCUUCCUCUACAUGGGAGUGGCCUCCCUGAAUGGCAUCCAGUUCUGGGAACGCUGUAAGCUGUUCCUCAUGCCAGCCAAGCACCAGCCGGACCACGCCUUCCUGCGGCACGUGCCCCUUCGCCGGAUCCACCUGUUCACCCUGGUGCAGAUCCUCUGCCUGGCCCUGCUCUGGAUCCUUAAGUCCACCGUGGCUGCUAUCAUCUUUCCGGUCAUGAUCCUGGGCCUUAUCAUUGUUAGAAGGCUCCUGGACUUGGUUUUCUCCCAGCAUGACCUGGCCUGGAUUGACAAUAUCCUCCCAGAGAAGGAGAAAAAGGAGACAGACAAGAAAAAGAAGAGAAGGAAAGAUGUCCACGAGAACGCAGAGGAGGAGGUGGGGAUGCCCCAGUUCCUUCCUCCCUCAGUUGUAAAGAUCCCCAUGGAAGGUAUCCCAUCUGAUCCCCAAAAUGGUAUCCACUGUGUUGCCAGAAAAAGGUCUUCCAGUUGGAGCUACUCUCUCUGACUCCUCCUUCAGCGGCUCAGAGCUGGAUCGAAGCAUCACCCUGCAUUUCAAAAUCUCUUGUCCGGCUUCACCUGCUUUCAGCUACUCACGGAGUCCGGUCUUCAUGGUGCCACAGGUGAGAAUAGAGAUGGAGCCUGACCUCAACCUCACAGACGACGAGGACUAUGGGAGACAGGUGGGCGGGGAGACCACCCUCUAGUCCAGCACUGCUCGUCCAGGCUGGGGGGCAGGGUAAAACCUGGCCCUGGCUUCAUCUAGAGCGUGUGCUAAGCCUUUCACCUGCUUCCUUACCCACUGACCAGACACAACUAGAGGCCUUUCAGGGACAUCCAACAUAGAUACAAAGUUCCCCCCUUCCCUUUGCAGUUCUUAAAAUAGCCAAAACAUACGGCUUACAAUGCCACCCAGCAUAGAUAUAACCUUUCUUGUGAAAAAAAAAAAGUUUUCCAAAGUUACAAAUAAAAUAAAUGGCCAGAAGUGGUCUUACAUUUAAAAUAUAUACUGAUUUAGUCUCUUCUAUGUAAAACAAAUACUGGUUUAGUAUUUUUCAAAGGUUUGAUUGACAUCUAAGUGACCUGAUGGUCUUGAAGGUCUGAGUGUGUCCUGCAGUAGGACAUGGUUGAGUCAUCUUUCACCUCCUGCUUGAAGUCCAGUCCUCUGUUCAGUGGGCCUGGCUUUUUAAGUGUGGCUAGGCCUUCUACACACUGAAAAGCCAGUUCUAAAAUUAUUACUGGAAGAACCUGUGUAUUGGAGGAUUUUGUUUGAGGGGGUGCUCACUAUGUCUCCUCAGCUUUCCUGGAACUCUCUGUGUAGAUCAGGCUGGCCUCAGCAUUCAGAGAC